CCAGGCCUGACUGAUGCUCACCAUGCAUCUCCUGAGAGGACGAGAGUGGUGGUUCACAGUGGCAAUAGCCUUUCUUGUUCUCGUCGCCCACGGGGUGAGGGCUGCUAGGCGUGUUGAUGCCAAUCUCCAUCUUCAAAAUGCUUUGUAUAAGCGGCAGCUUCAGAUGGCGGAUAUGACGUCAGACAUGUCCAUGCAGCACCGCAGAGAAGUAGCCCCCCUUUCCAUGUCGGAACUUGACGAGGUGAUGGCCUUAGGUCCGAACUCAGCCCUGGAGGUCACAAGGUCAGCAAGCACAGUCCAGGGCACACGACUGCUUCGUCUGCAAGAAACCUUCAAAGGCAAGUCUGUAAACGACGCCGUCCUAACGGUGGAAACGGACAGCACAGGGCAACAUGUGUAUGACGCCAGUGGUGCUGUGUAUCAGGGUAUAGAGGACGACACGGACGGCACUGGAAACAUCGACAGUCAGACCGCAUUAGACAUCUGUCUCACCUUGAAUGGGGACGAUGCCAUUACAGAUGACAUCACCAGUGUCAAGAGCGAGCCCGAAAUAUUCGUAGACAAAGAAGACCGAGCAUACCCGGGGUAUUUAGUGCAGUACCUCGUCAUCCAAGAGUCCCAAGAGCGCAGGCCCACGUGUCUAGUUGACGCACGGGAUGGGAGGGUCACCAUGACCUGGGACGCCCUCGACACUUGCAGUCAGUGCGAUGUCAAAGGCACGGGAGGGAAUCGCAAGAUCGGCAAGAUCCACUACGGGGAACUUCACAAAUGCCUGGAUGUCAAACGUGUCAAUAAUACAUGCUAUACAGAAAACAAAUACGUUAAAGUCGUUGAUAACAAAGGAUUGUUUCUUAACAGCAGUAGUGCAUUGUACAACUUCAGUGAUGCCGCUUCUUACGACUGCGAGGAAGCCACAGACCAAAUCAACGGCGCGUACUCACCCAUCCUGGAUGCUCUGUUUUACGGAACGACUGUUGCGAGAAUGUUUGAGGACUGGUACAACACUACCCCACUAGAUGGACAGAUAAUAAUCAGGGUACAUGUAGGUGUGAAUUUAUCUAACGCUUUCUGGACUGGCCGCGAAUGUCUGCUUGGUGACGGCGGUGAAAAGUUCCAUCCUUUGGUUACUUUAGAUGUUACGGGACAUGAAAUAGCACACGGAGUUACAGAACAAUCGUCCAGUCUCUAUUAUUUUAACCAGUGGGGUGCUAUCAAUGAGGCGUUUUCAGACAUUACUGGAGAAACAUGUGAAGCUUAUUUGUGGAAGGCAGACUGGGUCAUAGGUUUCGACUUCGCUAAGAAAAGGUACCCUCCACUGCGCUAUUUGGAAUACCCCUGGGCUGACAACCACUCUAUAUCCCACGUAGAUAAUUUCACCGACGAUCUCGAUGUACACUAUGGCAGCGGUGUGUACAACCGGGUUUUCUAUCUUCUUGUCCACGAAUACGAGCAGUCCAUCAAAGAAAUCUACCGAGUCUUUCUGCACGCCAACCGAAUGUACUGGCAUCACAUGUCUGACUACCACAGCGCUGCCUGUGACGUCAUGAAGGCUGCCUACGAUCUGGGUCAAGAUGGCGCUCUCUUCCGCCGGGCUUUCAAAGAGGUCGGAAUAGACGUCUGUGACAUACAAAACCAUUUCGUGGGACUUAGGAAUGAUAAGGUUUACGAUAACAUCACAGUGUCCAGUGAAGUGUCCCCUGUAUUCCUCUACACGCUCUCUACUAAAGAACCGUAUUGGAAGUUCAGCGGCGUAAGUGUCAGCGCCAACAGCUCCACUGAUGACGUGCACAUCGUCCUCACCGACCAAGGCUGGGAUGUCGACGAGAAAGAGAGGGAAAUAUUUGCCGAGGGUGACAACCUCGUCAAAGCUGAAAUCGAAAGUAACGCAACUGCCAUCAGUAUCUACAUUAGGUUAUCGAGUGAAUCAACAAAACCUCUAACUGAUGUCACACUACUGGUGUCCGCAUUUAAACUCUAGUCUCGUCACAAAGGUCAGUCUAUCCAAUUCAUACGGCAACAAACAAAAUAAGAAUGUGUAGCCUACAGAAUGUAACAUGUCUAAAGCGGUCAUGCGAUGUCCGAGCAGACUAACUUGAAGUGCUGUUAUUUGUUUGACACUUUCCAAUAAUAAAUAUUGUCCAGCUGA